GGGAACGAGUACAGGAUCUGGAACAUCCAUGCCACCAGCGACUUUUAUGAAAUUAAAAACCUAUUUACUCGCCCUAAGACCAUGGUCAUUAUCGGCCAGCUUAGUGCCCACUUUGCUCGGUUCCGCUUUGGCCUAUCGUUCGCAAUGGUCAGCGGAAUUCUCACUAGUCACCUUCUUCCUCACCGCCUUCACUGUGGUCACCUUUCAUUGCGCUGGCAAUGUGGUUAAUACAUAUUUCGACUUCAUCAAAGGCAUUGAUAAACAAAAGGCUGAUGAUCGCACACUCGUCGAUCACACUCUCACCAAGGAUGAGGUCGUUUCCUUAGGCGCCAUCCUAUACUUGGCUGGUUGUGGAGGAUUCGUAUUCCUGGCUGUGCUUAGUCCAGCUAAAAUCGAACAUUUGGCUUUAAUUUACUUUGGCGGACUGUCAUCGAGUUUUUUGUAUACGGGUGGAAUUGGUUUCAAAUACAUUGCUCUGGGCGAUUUGGUGAUCUUGAUACUUUUCGGACCCAUUUCGGUGCUAUUUGCGUUUAUGUCACAAAGAGGACAUGUGGAUUGGACAACAAUGGGCUAUGCCAUUCCAUUGGCUCUCAAUACGGAGGCGAUACUGCAUAGCAACAAUACGAGGGAUGCGGAAAAUGAUCAGAGAGCUGGCAUUGUGACAUUGGCCAUACUGAUCGGACGUACUGCCUCGCAUGUGCUUUAUGCCAUGCUUCUCUUCACACCAUAUUCAAUAUUCUUUAUAUUCGGCUUAAAGUAUUCAAUAUGGUUCCUGUUGCCAUUGAUAACAUUGCCGCAGGCAUUUCAAAUUGAGAAACGUUUUCGUAACGAUUAUACGAUGCAUUUGGUGCCGCGUCAGACGGCUAAACUGAAUUUCUUCUUUGGCAUCCUCUAUAUUGUGGCCUGCUGCUGUGCCCAGCAGUUGCCCACAUUUGUGUGGCGUAAGCAUUAGAUUAAUACUGAUGAGAAAACCAAUCGAUCCAAUGUAUGUAUAUGUAGAAAAGUUUGCAACAUUUUUAGGGAAUUAUGUAUAUGCAUAUCGAUGUAUACAUUUUGUAUGUAAAUUAGUUAUUAGUCGGUUAAAUUGUGUGUGCAAAAAUGCUGUCUGUGUUUUGUGUGUGCGUUUGUUGUAUGCUUUUCCUU